AUGUUGCUUCUAAUAUUACUCUUAUUUCUUAUCAAUAAUCAAUCUUACAGUUUAGAACUUGGUACAUGUCGUGCUCCACUUGGUAUACAAUCAGGUGCAAUACCAGAUUCAUCAUUUCAAGCAAGUUCAUCUCUAGAUGUAUCACUUGGUCCACAUACAGCUCGUAUUCGAUCCGCUAUUGAAGGCGGAGGUUGGUGUCCAAAAUCAUUAAUUGAUAGUCAAAGUGAAGAGUAUUUACAAAUCAAUUUUUUUAAUUUAACGGUUAUUACUUUAAUUGAAACUCAAGGACGACAUGGACCAUUUCAAGAAGAUUAUGUUGAUUAUUAUCGACUUGAAUAUCGUCGUGAUUCAACUUAUCCAUGGAUAAAAUAUCGUGAUUUUCGUAAAAAAGAAAGUUUCUAUGGAAAUUCAAAUAAUAAUAUUGCUGAAAUUCGCGAAAUAGCACAACCAAUUAUCGCUACACAAUUACGUAUAUAUCCAAUGCAAUCAAAUGAUAAAAAAGCUAAAAGAAUGUGUCUACGAUUAGAAUUAUAUGGUUGUUUAAGUACAGAUCAUUUAAUAUCCUAUACAAUUCCGCAAGGUGAUAGACGUUCAUUUGAUAUGGAUUUUAGUGAUAAAACAUAUGAUGGAACACCUGCAUCUUUAUCAAAUGGUGUUGGACAAUUAAUUGAUGGUGAUAUUGGAUCAGAUGAUAUUCGUUCAGAUACUCAAAGUUGGGGUUUACGUGGUUUUGAAUGGGUUGGUUGGAAGAAAUCAAUUCAAAAUCGAACAUCUAUACAAUUAAAAUUUGUUUUUGAUUCAAUUCGAAAUUUUAGUGAAAUACAUAUACAUACAAAUAAUAUGUUUUCAAAAGAUAUUGAACAAUUUCGUCGUAUAAAUCUUACAACAUAUUUCAAUGAAAAUAAUAAUCUUGAAAGUAAACAAAUAUUAAUUGAAUUAUCAGAUGAUAGACAAUCCGAACAAGCUAGAUGGAUAAAUAUACCAUUAAAAGACCAAUUAGCAAAAAUUAUUCUUAUUGAAUUAACAUUUGGAAAUGCUAAUUGGAUGUUAAUAAGUGAAAUACAAUUUAUGUCAAAUGAAAUUCUUGAUAUGAAACUUUUAGCUGAAUUAAAUGCUAAACAAUCUCCGAAAUCGAAUCUACCAACAACAAUUACUAUUCCACUUCAAUCGAUAAUUAUUCUUGCUGCUUCACUUUCAUUUCUAUUCAUUAUUAUUCUUAUUUGUUUUACUGCAAUGAUUCAUCGACAUCGAAAAAAACGAAAAUUAAAUCGAUAUGGAGAAAAACUUAUUUUACAAACAUGUCAUAAUGAUAAUAAUAAUAAUCAAUUAAAACUUCAAAUUCCAUGUUGUAAUAAUAUCGAUAAAGAUACUCAAAGUUCAAAUCGUAGUCAAAGUUCAUAUAGUGCUCCAAGUUCUUCAGAACCAUCAACAUUUAGUGGAACACCUAAAAUGUCAGUACGAAAUAAAUGUUUACCAUCAACAACAUUCCAUCAUCCACAAUGUGUUAAAUUACUUUCAACAAAUGGUAUUGAUAGUGAUACAAAUUUUUAUGCUUCAACAGAUAUAAUUAGUGUUAAUAAUGGAACUAUUGAUUUACCAACAACAUUACGCGGUGUAUGUGGUACAAAUUUAAUGAUAAGAGUUCUAACAAAUACACCACAAAUGAUUGCACCACCAAGAAAAGUUGAAUUAAUUUCAAGUGAAAUUGUACCACCUGGAGAUCUUUAUGGUGAAGGACGAUUUGGACAAAUUUCAAUCGGUUGUAUAUAUUCAUAUAAUCGUGUUAUAAUUCGACGUUUAACAAAAGUUUCAACAAUGUCUCGAUCAUUGUUCAAUCAAGAAAGUCAAGUAUUAUGUUCAAUUGAUCAUCCAAAUCUAGCUAAUAUUCUUUAUAAAACACUUGAUGGUCUUACAAUGAUAUCAGAAUAUACAGAACUUGGAGAUUUAUGUUUAUUAAUGAGACGUAUUACGGAGAAUGAUAUGAAUGCUCGACUUGAUCAUCAAGCAAUGUUAUUUGUAACAUGUCAAAUAUCUAAUGCAUUAACUUAUCUUGAAUCAAGACAAUUAAUACAUCGUGAUAUUUCAACAAGAAAUUGUUUAGUAUUUAAUAAUUAUAUGAUUAAAUUAACUGAUAUUGCUAUGGCAUCACCAAUUUAUUCACAUUAUUAUACAACUGAUGCACAUUUACCUGUGCGAUGGAUGUCACCGGAAGUAUUAAUAAAUGGUGGAAAUGGUUAUUCAAUAAAGUCUGAUAUUUAUAGUUUUGGUAUAACUUUAUAUGAAAUAUUAACAACAUGCCGAAUACUUCCAUUUGCACAUUUAUCUGAUCAAGAAAUUCUUUUAUCACCACCAUUAUCAACAGAUUUAGAUAUAACAUUUAUUGAUAAAAUACAAUUAAAUGAAUUAAUUGAUUUAAUGUUUGCUUGUUUAAAACUUAAUCAUCAUGAAAGACCAACAUUUCAAGAUAUUCAUCGAUUUUUAUAUCAACAACAACAACAACAACAGUCAAAUUAA